AUGGCUACACCGCAAAUACCCUUUAUAAGUGCCCCGUUCAAGAAAACAGACGAUGUCGACUGGGUUCAUCCUCUCAAGAAAUACAUUGCUCGCUUUUACCAGGAUGAUCCCGAGAAAUACAAGGAGGAAACUCAAUCAUUCAAUAGGUUACGCCAAGAUAUCCGUGGUGCAGGAAAGGAUUUCACAGGUAGAGACCUUCUCUACCGUUAUUUUGGUCAACUCGAGCUACUAGAUUUGCGUUUUCCUGUGGAUGAGAAGCAUGUCAAGGUUUUGUUCAACUGGUACGAUGCUUUCAAUAACCGCGCCAUCUCACAAUACUCGCUCGCAUUUGAAAAAGCAAGUGUCAUCUUCAACGAAGCAGCUACACUAUCUGCUAUUGCAAGUUCUCAGAACAGAGCUGAAGCUGAGGGCCGCAAAAAAGCCUUCCACUACUUUCAAGCAUCAGCUGGCAUGUUUCAAUACAUCAAUGAUAACUUUUUACAUGCUCCGUCUGAAGAUUUGAGUCGUGAAACUGUGAAUAUGCUCUCGGAAUUGAUGCUCGCUCAAGCGCAGGAAUGUUUCUUGGAAAGCAGUAUUCGUGAAAAGACUAAGGAUGGGUUAAUUGCUAAACUAGCAAGCCAUGCUGCGUGGGUAUAUGGUAAUUUGGUGGACUCGCUUGGUGAUGCCGUCAAUCGUGGCAUGGGUGUCGACAAGUCUUGGAUUGUGCUCUGUCAAGUUAAGCAGAAAUACUAUACUGCGGUUGCCCAAGAGCACAAAGCUGCCGCUUGUGAAGCAGAGGCCAAGUAUGGUGAGUGUGCUGGACGCUAUGCGGCUGCUGAGUCUGCUGCCAAGGAAGCUGUCAAACUAGCCAACAACCUGAAUUCGGCUCUUUUAUCCUCCAAUCAUGCCAAUAGCACAGUUCCCUCUGAGGGUGGUGCUGCUAUUCAAGAGCUCUGCAAGAACAUGAGUGCCAACUGCACCGAGAAAUUGACUGCAGCUAACCGUGACAAUGACAUGAUCUACCACGAAACUGUGCCUCAAGAAUCCAUUUUGACCCCCAUCGAUCGUCUCAAGGCUGUCAAGGUCAUUCCCAUUGCUGAGCUGUAUAGCCCUGAUGAGAUGAAGAAGGUGAUUGGCGCUGAUAUCUUUUCCAAGCUGAUCCCUAUCAGUGUUCAUGAAAGUGCUUCGCUUUACUCCGAAGAGAUUGCCAAACUACUUCGAUCAGAGAACGAGCGAUGCGACAUUGCCAAAGCAGAGUUGAACGCUUCUUUGGAUUACAUGAAACUACCCGGCUCUCUCGGUAAAUUUAAGCAACAACAACAGCUCAACUCUUCGCUGGAUGACUAUGCUACACCACCCUCUGAUGUCAAAUCUUGGGCUGAUCAGAUUGCCGCCGAAGAAUGUCGCUCGCCUAUUGCUGAACUGCUCAGCACAUUGACCACUCUCAAGACCAAGGCGAGACAAGCUUUGGAUGAGGCUAGCUUGAAUUUAGAUAAGGAAAUGAGAGAUUGUGAACAAGGAAGAGUGCAGUAUGCUGAUCAAUGGACACAACCUCCUUCAGGCCCGAUUACCAUUGAAUUCAGACACGACAUCGCCAAUCAUCAUCGUACGCUGGGUGGCGCAUCGCAAUCUGACAAUCAGUUGAUGGGCAAGUAUGAUUCUGUGAGACGAAAUAUCGAGAUUUUGAAGCAUGGAGGUCAAAGCAGAGAGCUGGAAGGGGCUUAUGCCGAGUGCAUUUCAGCUAUUGCUGGAGGUAACUCGCCAAAUAAGAAUACUGGUGUCAACCUACUAGACGUCGACAUUGCUGUUGAGAGUGACAAGAAGGAUGGCGAUUUGAAUGAAAAGGUGAAACGCAUUGAAUUUAUCAUUGAAAAGCUGCGUAAAAUCGAGAGCGAUCGUGAAGACACUUUCCGUGAUUUAAAGGAUAAGACGAUGCAAGACGAUAUCUCUCAACUCUUGAUCCUCAACAAAAAAGCCAAUGUCGAGCAGCACAUCUUUUCCACCGAGUUGGAAAAGUAUCGACCUCAUCAACAGCGUAUCUCUGCUACCAUUCAGCAUCAACAACAAGCUAUCCAAGAAUUGACAACAGCUUUCAAGGAUCUGAUGGAAGGAAAGGAGGCUCAGAACUUGCAAUCACAGCACGACAAAGCGGAUCGCCUUCGUCGCAAUUUGACAGCUGAUUUCAACGAAGCUAGAUCAGUGUAUAACGAAAUCAAGGACGGUUUGAACAGAGGCAUCCAGUUUUACUCUGGUAUCCAGGAUACUGUCGAUUCAUUGCAACGGAAUAUUCAUCGCUUUAUUACUGAACGUUCCAACGAAAGAAGUCGAUUGAUGGACAGCAUUGAAAGCAACAAGAGCUCUCUUGAACAAGAACUGCUUCGUGAGACUUUGAGCAAGUAUGCUACUGCACCACCUCCACCUGCUCCUCUUCAGUCAGCCCCUUCCUCAUCCUCCAUGCCGUCUACUAGCAUGUCUCACUUGACAAACCAAACGCGUCAAAUGUCAAUCAAUGAGCCUACAGCUCCUUCCAGUGGUUAUACGCCUGCUCCUCCACCAAAGCCCCAAGCUUUCGUUCAACAGCAACAGCAGCAGCAAUACCAUCACCAGGCGCCUGCUCCUCCUCCACCAACCAACACUUCACCUUACGGUAUCUACGGUUCCAACAUGCCACCUGCUACAUACCACCAGCCGCCAUCUCCUUAUGCUCCUACGCCUCAAUCUCCUAUGCAACACAUGCCUCCUCCUCGUCCCAUGUAUAACCAACAGCAGCCAUAUCAACCUCCUCCUAGUAACUAUGCUGCUCCGCCCCAACCUCAACAGCAACAGCACCAGCACCAGCCACCACAAGGCUACUACGGUAACAUGCAAGCACCACCUCCCUUGCCUCAACAGCCUCAAUAUCAUCAUCAAAUGCCUCCUCAACAACCUCAAUAUACUCCUCAAAUGCAAGGACAUCCUCAUCAAGGUUAUCAACCUCAAUAUCAGCCUCAACAGCAAUGGCAGCAGCAACAGCCUCCACCUCAACAACAACAACAACAGCAGCAGCAGCAAUGGCAACAACCAAUGUACCAACAACAGCCACAACAAAGGCCUCCUCCUCCUUCGGGAAAUUUGCUGGAUUAA